AUGCGACAAGUGCGGAAUUGGAUUUUUUUAGCUGUUUUCAUUGCCUUCUUCGGUGUGGGUGUGAAAAGUCAAAAUUCAUCAUUAACCUCCACCUUAAGGACUCCGGUGGAACGUGUAUUUUCGCGUCGAAAGAGAUGGCUGCUUUUCCCCAGGGGGGCUCAGAUAAAGUUUACGGUGUCGGUGAGCAAACGUUUAUUGGCCUUAUAUCCCAGAGGCCUUAAUUUUGUAAUUGAAGCUGCGACCUACUAUCCGCUUCCCUCGGCGCGAAUCGAUUUAAUACCAAAACGCCUGCGAAAGCCCACUACCAAGGCUCCCAUGCCCAGUGGACCGACUCGUUUAAAUCUUAUCGGUAUACCAGGAUCCCUCAUAAAGUACAGGGCUAAACCUGCCACAAGAGCACCAAUGGUGCAGCGCAUAGACUACAAUGCCUCGUCCUUGCAAUGGUUGCCUCCGAGUGUGGCAAGAAUUCCACCAAACCCCCCACCGAAAUGGAUCAAAUACCACAGACCGGAGUAUUUGCACAGAUAUCAAUGGACCCCCCAGAAGCAUCAAAAGUAUGUGGAGAAGUAUGCAAAACCAAGAUAUCCAGCAACCAAAUGGCACAACCGGAGGACGUAUUUCAACAAGCCAGGGCAUUGGAGUCGUUAUGGCAGAGAUAUUGAAUUGAAUCACGAACUUCAUGGUUGUUGUGAUGAGGAGGACACAGAUGAGUUUGUGGAUUCUCCUCACUAUGUUAACUACAGGAAUCGCAGGGAUCUGUUUGGGCACUUUGAGGGACUGAGCAAAAUUUUGGGCAUCGAUAUGAAAACCUGCAUCAUGAGAGCCAUGUGUGAUAGCAAGCGAUUUUUAAUGCCACCCGGAUACUCAUUGUUCCAUGAUAUUUUAAGGAUAAUACUCACUUUUCCCACAAUAAAUGGUCUACAGGAUGACUACUCGCGUAUGAUGAAAGCGGAUUUUGAGACAUGCGAUGCAUUUCUGCAAAAUAAAUGUCCCAUUAGUCUCUUGGAUUGGCUGUUAAGUUCAAAGCGCUCAUUGUGA